GGUUGACAAGGAGACGGGCAAGCAGGUGGCUGUGAAGAUCAUCGACCUCGAAGAAGCUGAAGAUGACGUGGAGGAUAUUCAAAAGGAGAUAGCGCUGCUGGCAGAGUGCAGAGCUCCCAACAUCACCAGGUACUACGGCAGCAGUGUGCACAACACGAAGCUAUGGAUCGUCAUGGAGUUCAUGGCAGGCGGCAGUGUGGCUGACUUGCUCCAGGAGGCCCCUCUGGAUGAGGCGUCCAUUGCCUACAUUCUGCACGACCUGCUGCAGGCGCUGGAGUAUCUUCACUCGGAGAAGAAGAUUCACCGCGACAUUAAAGCGGCCAACAUUCUGUUGAACGAGGAUGGGGAUGUCAAGGUGGCUGAUUUCGGUGUGUCCGCCAAGCUCACCAAAACCAUCUCGAAGCGAAAGACGUUUGUGGGAACGCCCUUCUGGAUGGCGCCCGAGGUCAUUCAGAACACCGACGGGUACGACGAGAAGGCGGACAUCUGGUCGCUGGGCAUAACAGCCAUUGAGAUGGCCAAGGGGGAGCCGCCCUUUGCGGAUCUGCACCCCAUGCGCGCGCUCUUCCUCAUUCCCAAGGACCCUCCGCCGCAGUUGGACGAUCACUUUUCAAAGCCCUUCAAGGAGUUUGUCAAUCUCUGCCUCAACAAGACAGCCAGGGAGAGGCCCAGCGCCAAGGAAUUACUGAAGCACCGGUUUGUCAAAUACGCGCGCAAGACACCGCGGAUCAUUGACCGCGUGAGGGAGAGGGUGGAGAGUGCGGGGGAGCGAGUGGUAUCGCCCCGUAUGAAGCCAGACGACCCUGUGGACGGCCCUCCCCAAUCCGCCGCUGCUGUUGCCGCCGCUGCUGUUGCUGCUGCUACUGCUGCCAGCAGCGCGCCCAGGCACUCGCGCAUGGCGAGUUGGGAUUUUGGCACGGCCACGGGCACCAUGAAGCCCACUGAGACGCUUCGCAGGCAGAUUCGCGCUGCUGUUGCUGAUCCCUCUGAAGGGGGGCCUGAUGGCCUGGGGCGGGAUGAUGGGGGAGGGGGAGGCGGAGGGAGCGGGGGAGGGGAUGGGUAUGAUGGGGGGAAGCGGAGUGGCACUGUGCGGCGCAAGCCGCGUGAUUCUGGGAGUGGGACUGUAAAGAAGGGCGCGAAUACAGGCACGGUUAAGGCCAGCAAGGGGAAAGGGGGGUCGUCGGGGGGAGGCGCAGGGGGAGGAGGCGGGGGAGGAGGAGGAGGGGGAGGCGGAGGGGAGGAGGGAGUGGCGAAUGGGGAGAAAGGGGGGUUGUAUGGGAGCGGGUGGGGGAGUGAGAGUGAGGGCUCAGGCACCGAAGAAGAUGGGUGCGCUCUCUUUCUUUCCUCCCGCUUUGCCAACCCUUUUCCUUUGCCUCACAGGAGGGCGGCAAGGGGCGCAGGAGAGGCAGCAAGCCGCCCGUGUCUGAUGGCUCUCGAGCGGUAUGAUGGGUGGUGGCAUGGAUGGGAUGUGAUGGCAAUGAUAACACGGGGGUGGGGCCAAGGUUGGUUGGUGGCAGAGGGGUUAUGUACUCCUCCUUACUCGCUCGUCUCGGUGUGCUUGUGUGCUACUCAAAACGCGACUCACUACACGAGGUGGCAUGGAGGGGUGGGGCCAAGGUUGGUUGGUGGCAGAGGGGUUAUGUACUCCUCCUUACUCGCUCGUCUCGGUGUGCUUGUGUGCUACUCAAAACACGACGCACUACACGAGGUGGCAUGGAGGGGUGGGGCCAAGGCUGGUUGGUGUCAGAGGGGUUAUGGCCUCCCAUCAUCUUACUCGCUCGUCUCGGUGUGCUUCUGUGCUACUCUCCUCGGGUUCCUCAGUCCAACUCUGCAGGGGGCUGAGUUGAUUAAAUGUUUCUUGUGUGCCCCUCUCCUGUCGUCCCUCUUUCUUGUAUCCACUGAGGAGGGCGGAAGAAAGGAGGACUCGGAAACGAACAUGGCGGAGGCACUCAAGGCCAUGAAAGGGGGAAAGAAGGGCGGGGGAGGGCGGGCGAGCAGAGGAGGCGGGGGAGGGGGAGGAGGGGGGGGAGAUGCCAUGGACAGUGGCACAGUUCGAACAAGAAAACCCAAGGCAGGGGGGCGGAAGGGCGGUGGGGGAGGGGGAGGGGAGGAGCAGGGAGGAGCGCGAGUGGCUGGCAGGGAUGCUGCUGUGUCGUCCUCGCCUCUGCUCUCCCUUGUGCUCAUGCCUGCAUUUAAAGAGGUGGCAGCGGAUCAGCAGGAGCAGGCAGCAGUGCGGGCAGCAGCAGACGCAGCGGACGCUCUGGUGGAGAUGGAACGAUGCGCUCCCGGCUCCUGCCAACUGCUGCUUGCUAGCCUACUUGGCAAACUCGGCAGUGCAUCAGAGGAGGUCCCCCCCUUGCGUGACCUGAAAGCCAACGCGCGCAGGCAGUUUGGGGGACCGGGGGGUGAGGGAGGAGCGGAUGGGCGAGCAGACAGGCGGCAUGGCAAGGGUGGGGACGAUGACGUUAACAACCUGAGCCCUCUGGGAAGCUUCCUCCUUCGUAGAUGGAAGGGAAACUCGCUGCUGGAGUCAGGAUGA